AUGAGAACCAUCCGGAGGCACCGAUCUGCUACGGGCACGGAGCUGCUCCUGGGACGCUGCAACCGGCUCCGGAUGUCCCGAGUUCGGGUGCUUCUCGUAUGCCUGUGCGGAAUGCUGGCUAUGGCUCUGACACUUGGAUUUUAUUUAUCGAGUAAUGAUAAAAGCGAUGAUGAUGACAGUAUUCACAUGGGCGAUAACAUACAAUUUCGUGUGCCAGACCUAAUAAGAGACAAGGUAGGUGAUAUAUACUGUAUUGUUUAUUGUGUAUUGUAGCCUCCUGUUUUCCAAUAUUGCACUAAGCCUAAAGGAGAAGCCUACUUUUUAGGUAAUGCUAUCUUGCUACAGCCUAGGUGCCCCAGCCAGCAGGAAUACUUAAACCUCUGUUCAACUAUAGAUGCUAUAAUAGCAUCUAUAUUGAUACACUUCACUGAUGGCAGAAAAUUAACCUCAAGUCAGAUCUUUGAUUGCUCAAUAAUAAACAAUAUUUUCUGCAAGGUGACAGACAGUUUUCAAAAUGCAUAUGUGAAAAAGAUACUGCAACUGCCUCCUCUCUCCUGCUGUCCUCCCCUUCUGCAGUUGACCCAUAACCCCCGUAGGUCCACUGUGGCCCAGAUCAAGCGCCUGGUGGGCCAGGUAAAUUCGGGGAGGCUGUGGUACUCUCUCCUGAGGCCCAUCCUGGUAGAGAGACUGCCAGGUACCAGGGGCAGCCGUAGGGUGCGUGAGGUUAGGAACUCUAUUGACUCCAGCAAGAGACAUCAGGGUAGAACGUCUGUAAUUACAGUGGAACUGUUAUCUCUUCAUCUCUGUUAUUCUAACAAUUAACACUUUGUUUACUGAAAUUAAAAUCACACUGUUUUUCUGUGGUUGCCACAGCACAUCUACAGCCAUCUAGAGUUCCUGUCAGCGGGUUGGUCAUUGGAGGUCGACUCCUUUAACUCUGCUACCCCAAAGGGACUAAUCACCUUCUCCAACCUGCUAGCAGUCCUGGACCCCUCGGCCCCGCGUCGUCUGCUGCUGGCCUGCCACUACGACUCCAAGGCCAUGCCCCCAGCUUCCAAAACCCCAGACGGUCCUCUCAGGAGGUUCCUAGGGGCCAGCGAUGCGGCCGUCCCCUGUGCCAUGAUACUGGAGCUGGUGACUGCACUGGACGUCCACCUGAAAGUGCUAAAAGAACAGGUAAAUACUGUGUCUGCUCUGUUACUGUAGGGCAAAGGUAUGCUUUAGAGGGCAAGGAUGAAAGUGAUGACUUGACAGAUCCUUUUUAAUUCCCCGUAGCACUGGGAAUAUAAAAUGUUGGAUUUGCAGAAAGUGUAGGAAAACUGAUAAAAGUGUGUGGGUGGGCUACCCUCUGAAGAGUUUGCCUCUCUCCUGAGAUGUCAGACUAUUUAUAUAUCUAGAGUUUGACCCAUGCUCACACAUUAAUUAUUCAUACAUUUAUUUCCAAUUUAAACUGUGCAGACAUUGAUGGGUUGGAGCCCAGACAUCAUUAACACCCACCUGUCAUCUCCCAUGUUGGCAGCAGAAGCAAUGCAUUUGAAAGGAUAUUGAAUGGUAGUCACAUAUUAUUCGACCAAUAACUUUUUUUUCUAAGCAUAUACUGUAUGUUAUAUUACAAGAAGAUCUACCACCCCAUCCCCUGAAUAAUUGUUUCUCUCUGGCAGAAGUCACAGGUGACGUUGCAGUUGGUCUUCUUUGAUGGUAAUGAGGCGUUUGAGCAGCCGAGCCCCUCCGACUCUCUGUAUGGCUCACGUUACCUUGCUGACCAAAUGUCCCGCACCCCUCACCCCCCAGGAGCCGAACAUACCACCCUGUUAAAUGCUUUG